AUGGAUCUCCAGAAGGGGCUGUCCAGAAUGGUUCUGUUCCUGCUUUUUCUUUAUCUGUCACCGCUAGGAGGUCGCUCUCACCCUCUGGGCAGUCCUAGCCAGUCUCCUGAACGAGUCAAAAUGCAGAUGCUGCUGAACCUGCUGAGGGAAAAGGCACAGGAGGUGGCCCAGGGACAGCUCCUGAAGGACCGCGAUCCCACAAAACCCCCCCCCAAAAGCACCCUUGGAUCGCAAGACAGCACCCUCCAGGACCUGCAGAGACUUCGAAACACCAAGAAGAUGCAUAAUUCGGGCUGCUUUGGGCAGAAGAUAGACCGGAUCGGCUCUGUCAGUCGUCUGGGCUGCAAUGGUGACCACCUUCCAUCCCAGGGGUCAGAUGCUCCUCAGGGUGCAGACUGCCUGUUGGUUGGCCACCCCUUCAUAGGACAAAAGGCGUUCUGA